AUGCAGGCUGUGUACUCAGUUCUCAAACAGUAUAUCAAUGCUAAUCACCGUGAUUCAGCCCUAUCUACUUUCACCAGGCUACUAAAAGUCGUCACCAACAAUGGGGAGCUCGAGACUUUGCGUCUAUCCAGAAAAGAUGUCGAGCAGUGGUUGCAAGAAUGGAAUAUCUCUGGGGAAGAGCGCAGUCAAUUCCUCAAGUCCGUUGUUGAUGCCUUCAUACAAUCUGGGCUGCCUCAAUCCGCGGCGGUUGAUGCCAUAGCCUUAGCGUUGUGUUUGCCCAGAGACUUUGAUCCAUUGUUCAAGUUGGAUGCUGCUGUCUCUGCGAAAGAUCAUGAGCCUUUCUCGCUUCUGCAGGUGUUUUUGAAUAGUGGUCUACCAGAAUUACAUUCAUGGCUCGAAAGCCAUCCCGCCGCUCUCGAAAAAUAUGAACUUGACCAAGCACGGCUUGAGCGGAAGAUCCGUCUUCUGUCAUUUGCGUCACUGGGUUUUGCACGUGUUGGACAUGAUCUGCCGUAUUCAGAGGUCGCGUCGAUCCUGCAGAUUGAACUGAGUGAAGUGGGUGAUCGAUGUAAUGUUCGAAUAGUGAUCUGUACCGCUCUUCUUUCGGGAAAGCUCUCGCAGACUACUCAAUCUCUACACAUUUACCAUUCAUCAAUGUGCACGUUUAAGCGAAAGCAAUGGGAGGCACUGGUGAAGCGUCUUGAAGGCUGGCCUGGCGAACGUGCCGGAGGUUGUUACUAGCACACAAAAGCGCGGUAACGGUUCGGCUGUGGGUGAAGUCGUGCAGCAGGUCACGCAGACAGGUGAGAGCAUUCAGGUUGAUGCUGCGUAGCCUACAUCAGGGUUCCUCCGUUUAAUGAAUCAAGGUCAUGGUCGUUGACUGCAAUGUGUGGGAAUGCUGGUGAAGUUCGUCGUCGUUCAUUCGAACAUGACUUUGGCUUUGAUAUUGAACGUUCAA